AUGGCUAGUCAGACAGUUUUACUCGCUGUUUAUGGAUUGCCAGGUGCUGGUAAAACAUCUUUAAUUCAUCGAUUAAUAUCAGCAUUGCCCAAUCAUGCUCAGCCAUUGAUCCCCAUUCAUAUUUGUUAUGACUCAAUACUACCUAAGGAAAUUGACUUCCAGGAUAGUGAAGAUACAAUAUGGAAGAACAUGAGGCAGCUUAUUUUGGAUUGUAUUGAAUAUUAUGAAUGUUUUGAUGAUACUCUACUACCGUGGCAGACUAACCCUGAUUAUCGCGAAAAAUGGCAAAUCGUAAAAGAGAUGAUACAGACUGCUAAGAAAGACAGUAAAAGGUGCCUUUAUAUACUAGAUGAUAACUUUUAUUAUCGUAGUAUGCGAUAUAAGAUCUAUCAGCUAGCAAAGAAACAUGCAUGGGGAUAUGGUCAGAUUUGGGUAAAGUGCCCUCUUGAAGUAGCGUUUCGGCGAAAUUGUAACAGAGUAGUUCCAGUUGCUCAAGCAACGAUUACAAAAAUGGACAGCAAAUUAGAAGUUGCCAAUUCCAGUAAAUUUCCUUGGGAAGACAAUAACUUCAUCUUUGAAAGUACCAAUGAAGAUCCUGAUAAUUGGAAGAUGUUGCUCGAUUUUACUAUAGAUACCUUCAGCAAGCCGGUAGUAUUUAUUUCUUCGACAGAUGAGCUACAAAAGGUUUAUAAAUUAGCUAAAUUAAAUGGAGGGUUACUUCGUAAUAGCAUUUGCAUUAUCUGA